GUCGCGGGGCAGCGGUCUGUGAUUGCUACGCUGCUCCUCGCUCUUCUGUCUCCCCCGUUCUUCUAUUUGAUACCCCAAUUCUUUGCUGCUGCCUCUGUUGUGUUGAAUUGUUCACCGCGGGGUACUAGAUUGCUGGUUCCGAGGCUCGGAACGCUGACGCGAGACGGUUUUUGUGUAACGUAACGCAACAUAACACCGCCAACAUGGUUACUAUUACUGGUGUAGAGACGAGGGAUGUCAGGUUUCCGACUUCCCUGGACAAGACUGGCUCAGAUGCUAUGAACGCGGCGGGUGAUUAUUCGUCUGCGUACUGCAUCCUGAGUACAGAUUCGGAGUUUUCUGGUCACGGAAUGACCUUCACCAUCGGCCGCGGCAACGAGAUUGUCUGCUCCGCCAUUUCACACCUCGCCGACCGUGUCAAGGGCCGCACCCUUGAGUCCCUCGUUGAGAACUGGGGCAAGACAUGGCGCCAUCUGGUCAACGACUCACAACUUCGCUGGAUCGGCCCCGAGAAGGGUGUCAUCCACCUCGCCCUCGGCGCCGUCGUCAACGCCAUCUGGGAUCUCUGGGCUAAGACACUCGGCAAGCCCGUCUGGCGCAUUGUUGCCGAUAUGUCUCCCCAGCAGAUCGUCGACCUAAUCGACUUCCGCUACAUCACUGACGCACUCACACCCGAGGAGGCGCUCGAGAUCCUCACCAAGUCAGAGGCAGGAAAGAAGGAGCGCAUUCAGGAGGCUCUCGACUCCCAGGCGGUCCCCGCCUACACCACAUCAGCUGGCUGGCUGGGCUACGGUGAGGACAAGAUGAAGGCGCUGCUCGAGGAGACACUGGCCAAGGGCUACCGUCACUUCAAGCUCAAGGUCGGCAGCGACGUCGCCCAGGACAAGCACCGCCUCAGCAUUGCGCGUGAGGUCAUCGGCUACGACAAGGGCAAUGUCCUCAUGGUCGACGCGAACCAGGUCUGGAGCGUCCCGGAGGCCAUCGAGUACAUGAAGCAACUGGCUGAGUUCAAGCCCUGGUUCAUCGAGGAGCCCACUAGCCCCGACGAUGUCCUCGGCCACAAAGCCGUCCGCGAAGCCCUCAAGCCCUACGGCAUCGGCGUCGCCACUGGCGAGAUGUGCCAAAACCGCGUCAUGUUCAAGCAGUUCCUGUCCGCCGGCGCCAUCGACAUCUGCCAAAUCGACGCAUGCCGACUAGGCGGUGUCAACGAGGUCCUCGCCGUCCUACUCAUGGCAGCGAAAUACGGCGUCCCCAUUGUUCCCCACUCUGGUGGUGUCGGGUUGCCCGAAUACACACAGCACUUGUCCACAAUCGACUACGUUGUCGUGUCCGGAAAGAAGAGUGUGCUCGAGUACGUCGACCAUCUGCACGAGCACUUCCUGAACCCGAGCAAGAUCGAGAAGGGGUACUAUGUGACACCUAAGGAGGCUGGAUACAGUGUGGAGAUGAAGUCGGCGAGUAUGGACAGGUACGAGUACCCCGGAAAGGAGGGUGUGUCGUGGUGGAAGAGUGAGGAGGCGAGGCCAAUUCUCGAGGGUGAGAAGUUCUAGGUUGCGCCCGGUAAUUCAAAAAUAUGAGAGUUUAAUGUCCU